AUGGCUGCUUUAACUGAUGAAGGAUCACGGCAUCCGCAAGGUGUAGAGGUUGUUCCAUGGACGUCCGAGGGUCCUCUAAAAGUUAUGUUGCUUCAUGGUAACUUAGAUAUAACGGUGAAAGAGGCCAACAAUCUUCCCAAUUUGGAUGCAUUAAAUAAGAAGUUCAGCCCUCUUUCGGGUACAAGUGAUCCUUAUGUGACAAUAUCUGUAGCUAAUGCUGUAAUUGGAAGAACUUUUGUGUUAAACAACAGUGAGAACCCUGUUUGGAUGCAGCGUUUCUGCGUUCCAGUGGCACAUCAUACUACCGAAGUGCUAUUUGUUGUUAAAGACAGUGAUGUCUUGGGUUCUCAACUUAUAGGCGCAGUCGGGAUUCCUGCAGCACAGUUGGUCGCUAAUGCUGUAGUUAAGGGUACUUUCCCUAUUCUAAAUGCAAGUGGUCAACCGUGUAAACCUGGUGCUGUAUUAGCUCUAUCAAUCGAGUAUACACCGGUGGAUAAAGUGGUCCUUUCCCGUAAUGGAGUGUGGUCGGGUCCAGAGUUUAAAGGCGUUCCAGGAACCUAUUUUCCGCUUAGGAGGGGAGGAAAAGUUACCCUUUAUCAAGAUGCUCAUGUUGAUGGUAGCCUCCCAAUUUUGAAACUUGAUCGCGGUUUAAAGUAUGUCCAAGGAGAUUGCUGGCGCGAUAUUUGUGAUGCCAUCAGGCAGGCACGCCGAUUGAUUUAUAUCACUGGGUGGUCUAUCUUCCACAAAGUUCAGCUUGUCCGCUAUGGCCCAAAGGCACGAGAUAGCAUUUUGGGAGAGCUUCUUAAAAGCAAGGCAGAGGAAGGUGUGAGAGUGCUGCUCCUUGUAUGGGAUGAUCCUACUUCAAAGAGCAUUUUUGGAUAUAAGACGGAAGGGGUUAUGCAAACUCAUGAUGAAGAAACUCGGGUCUUCUUCAAGAAUUCAUCCGUGCAAGUAUUACUGUGUCCUCGUUCAAUAGCAAAGAGUAGCUGGGCCAAGAAGGAUGCUGAAACCAUCUAUACCCAUAAUCAGAAAACUGUUAUAGUGGAUGCCGAUGCUGGUAUCAAAAGAAGGAUUAUGGCAUUUGUUGGAGGUCUUGACCUAUGCGUCGGGCGUUAUGAUACUCCGGAACAUUCUCUCUUUAGCACAUCGCAGACGCUGCACAAAGAUGAUUAUCACAAUCCUAACUAUACAGGGCCUACAGCUGGUUGUCCAAGAGAACCAUGGCAUGAUUUGCACUGCCGAAUUGAAGGUCCAGCAGCAUAUGAUGUACUCCAAAAUUUCGAGGAGCGAUGGUUGAGGGCUUCAAAGCCCCGAGGCCUUUCAAAAAUGACCAAAUUUUCUGACGUGUUACUUAAACUUGAUAAAAUUCCAGACAUUUUAGGCAGCACGGAUGCUCUUUACACAAGCGCGAAAGAUCCAGAGGGUUGGCAUGUCCAGAUUUUUCGUUCAAUUGAUUCCAACUCUGUUAAAGGUUUCCCGAAAGACCUAAAAGAUGCUAAAAGCAAGAAUCUAAUAUGUGGGAAAAACGUGCUCAUAGACAUGAGUAUACAUACUGCAUAUGUGAAUGCGAUUCGUGCUGCUCAGCAUUUCAUUUAUAUUGAAAAUCAGUACUUCCUUGGUUCUUCAUAUAACUGGGCUAACCAUAAAAGCUUAGGUGCAAACAAUUUGAUACCAAUGGAAAUCGCUCUUAAAAUUGCGAAUAAGAUCCGAGCAAAUGAGAGGUUUGCUGCAUAUAUUGUGAUUCCUAUGUGGCCGGAGGGCAAUCCAACGAAUUCUGCUACCCAACGUAUUCUCGUUUGGCAGCAUAACACAAUGCAAAUGAUGUAUGAAGUUAUUUACACGGCUUUACAAGAAACAGGUCUCGAAAAUGAAUACGAGCCACAAGACUACUUGAACUUUUUCUGCCUUGGCACUCGUGAGACAUCCCACGACGUAGCGCCAACUUCAAAGGGAAAACUUCCGUUUUCUCCGAAUACACCCCAAGCACUUAGUAUAACAAGCAGACGUUUUAUGAUCCAUGUGAAUUCAAAAGGAAUGAUAGUUGAUGAUGAGUUUGUGAUAUUGGGUUCUGCAAAUAUCAAUCAACGUUCAUUGGAAGGUACCCGAGAUACUGAAAUUGCAAUGGGUGCAUAUCAGCCUCAUCACACUUGGGCUCAUAAAGGUUCUACUCCAACUGGACAGAUAUAUGGAUACAGGAUGUCACUUUGGGCAGAGCAUAUGGGAGAAAUUGAGAGCAGUUUUUGGCAGCCGGAGAGCGUGGAGUGUGUGAGAAGGGUGAGGUUGGUGGGUGAACAGAACUGGGAACAGUAUACCGCCGAUAAGGUAACAGAUAUGACGGCACAUUUGCUCAAGUAUCCGGUGGAGGUUGAUCGGAAAGGGCAUGUCAAACCUCUCCCUGGCUGUCCAAAUUUUCCAGAUGUCGGUGGCAGCAUCGUCGGUUCUUUUGCAUCUGUUCAAGAGAACCUCACCAUCUGA